AUGAGCACGCAGCCCGGGACGGCCUCCCCCCUCCUGGGAUGUGACUCCAGCUGCAGCGGCAGCAGCAGCAGCCGCCGCCUCUCCGACCCGCAGCCCAUUGCUCACAUGACCCAGGUGAAGUUGAAGAGGAACGCGGUGACUGACGACUAUAAGGUCACCUCGCAGGUACUCGGCCUCGGAAUCAACGGCAAAGUGCUGGAAUGCUUCUGCAAGAAGACCGGACACAAGUGCGCCCUCAAGAUCUUGUACGACACACCCAAAGCCCGCCGUGAGGUGGAGCUGCACGGAAGGGUUUCUGGUGGUCCGCACGUGGUCCGCAUCCUCAGCCUGUACGAAAACAUGUACAAGGGCAAGAAGUGUCUUCUCAUCGUGAUGGAGUGCAUGGAGGGAGGCGAGCUGUUCUGUCGCAUCCAGGCCAGAGGGGACCGGGCUUUCACCGAGAGAGAGGCGUCGGGGAUCAUGCGCGACAUCGGUUCCGCCGUCGAGUACAUCCACCUCAUGGACAUCGCUCACAGGGAUGUCAAACCUGAAAACGUGCUCUAUAGCACCAAGGAGAGUAACGCGUCCCUCAAGCUGACGGACUUUGGCUUCGCAAAGGAGACCACUGCGCACAAUUCCCUCCAAACUCCCUGUUACACUCCUUAUUAUGUCGCGCCAGAAGUCCUCGGCCCGGAGAAGUACGACAAGUCAUGUGACAUGUGGUCUCUGGGCGUCAUCAUGUACAUUCUGCUGUGUGGCUUCCCUCCUUUCUACUCCAACACGGGCCAGGCCGUCUCACCUGGGAUGAAGCAGCGCAUCAGACUCGGCCAAUACAAAUUCCCCAACCCUGAGUGGGCAGAGGUUUCGGAGGAGGCCAAGGAGCUGAUCGUCCAGCUCCUGAAGACCGACCCCAAUGAAAGGAUGACCAUCGGUCAGUUCAUGAGCCACCCUUGGAUAAGCCAGUCCACGGCGGUCCCGCUCACUCCUCUCUACACCCCUCGCGUUCUGAUGGAGGAGAAGGAGCUGUGGGAUGACGUCAAGGGGGAAAUGACCAGCGCCUUGGCCACCAUGCGCGUUGACUAUGGCCAGGUGCGGAUUAAAGACCUGGACACGUCCGACAAUCCUCUGCUCAACAAAAGACGCAAGAGGCCUCCGCCGGCAGAAGAUCAAGCCAAUUCCGCUGAUCCUCACAAGGGUCGUGAGAGUGCUGGAGCCUAUCCCAGCUGUCAACGGGCAGGAGGCGGGGUACACCCUGAACUGGUUGCCAGCCAAUCACAGGGCACACGGUGACAGCCGCACUCCCAAUCACACCUAGGGGCAAUUUUAGAGUGUCCAAUUAAUGUUGCAUGUUUCUGGAACGUGGGAGGAAAGCGGAGUGCCCGGAGGAAACCCACGCAGGCACGGGGAGAACAUGCAAACGCCACACAGGCGGGUCCAGGCUUGAACCUGGGACUUCAGAACUGUGAGGCCAAUGCUUUCCAGCUGAUCCACCGUGCCACCACUUAAAAAUAUGUCUGUCUAUAUUUAGAAGAGAAGAGUAAAUAGUGUAUUUGUGAUGA